AUGCCCAAAACUGAUAGAGAAAUAUGUGAAAGCAAAGAGAUCCUCAGACAAAUGUGUUCGUUGAAAGUAACAAGCGAACCUCAUCCGUUCAGACAACCCGCCAUCAUCGGUACAUUAGGACCCGCUUGUACGGAUACAUCAAAUAUUUUGCUACUCAUAAAAGCUGGAAUGAAUGUAGCCAGAAUAAACAUGGCGCACAUUGAUCCCUGUAACAUGCGAGAUCCUUUUAGAAAUGUCAUAGAAGCAAAUAAUCAAUAUAUUGUCAUGGAAGAUUUCGAUAUACCCAUAUCAAUAAUGAUGGAUUUAAAGGGCCCCGAAAUAAGAACCGGAAAAAUCGAUUCGAAUCGAAUUAAAAAAGGAUCUCCUCAAGAAUUGUACCUUAAACAUGGAUCCUUCGUCAGAUUAACCGUUAAUAAACUAUUUGAAAAUCGUUGUACGGAAAAAAUCAUUUACGUUAAUUAUAUCGGAUUGCUCGAACAAGCUUGCGACGGUGAUAUUAUUUACCUCGGAGAUGGACAAAUCAAAUUGGUCGUGGAUUUGAUAGAAAAUGAAAACGUCGUGUGUUUCGUUGAAAAAGCAGGGAAAUUGAAAGAUAAUCAAAAAGUUCACGUUCCAAUGUUGCCCGCCAUUAUUCCAGCAUUGUCACCUUUCGAUGAAGAAUGUUUAAAAUUAGCCAUUGAAAUGGAUGUUGAUGUUGUUGUUGUACCAUCGGCAAGGAAUUCCGUUGUCGUUAAGGAAAUCAAGAAUGCUUUAAAAGAAAAUAAAAUAUUAGUUUUUUCUAAAAUAUCAAGUUGCGAAGGUUUAGAAAACAUUGAUGAAAUAUUAAGAAUAUCCGAUGGUAUAAUAAUUCAGAAAAAUGAUUUGAGUUUGGAAAUUUCCGCGGAAAAAAUGUUUAUUGCACAAAAACAAAUAAUUGGAAAAUGUAACGCGGCAGGAAAACCCGUUUUAUGUACGGCAGAAUUUAGUUCUUGGUUUUCCGGUAACGUCAUAGUUAGAAGAGCUGAAAUAAAUGACGUAAGCAAUGCAAUUAUUGAUGGAGCCGAUGGUAUAAUAUUGAUAACGGAAACGGCUUUAGGAAAUGAAGGCGUCACGGUUGUCUCUGAAUUAUCACGUGUCAUAACCGAAGCGGAAGCAGUUACAAUGCAAAAAACAUUUUUUUGCGAUUUGACUAAAGAACUUACUCCUUCUGUUGAACCAAUUAAUGCGAUAGCUUUAGCAGCUGUACAAAUAGCAAAUAAAAUUCAAGCAUCCGCCAUAUUAACAAUAACAAACAGUGGAAGAACGGCUCAAUUAUUGUCCUGGUUUCGUCCAAGACGACCUAUAAUAGCCAUAACGAGAGUGGGUCGCGUGGCAAGACAAUUGAAUUUAUGGAGAGCUGUAUUACCAUUACAUUAUUCCGGAGAGCCUUUGGACGAUUGGUUUCAAGAUGUUAAAUCGAGAUUUGAAUAUGGUAUAUCUUAUGGUAAAAAUCGUGGCAUUAUCGAAUGCGGUGAUCUCCUAGUUUUAGUCAGUGGUUAUAGAAAAAAAGCCGGAUUUACAAAUUGUAUAAGAAUCGUAUUUGCAUCAUUCGAUCAAUCUCGUAUCGUUGAAAAUUUAUCUAAUUAUUACGAGGAACCGUAA